AAAUGAGAACUGAGAAGAUAGUUCAAGUUAGACAAGCGGUAGCUUUAGAAAAACGGCAUAGUCAUUUCGUAUUUUCUGACAUUUCUUGUUAAUUUAAAAACACUCGAAUUAUGACAGCUAGGUACGAUAGAGCGAUAACAGUAUUUUCGCCCGAUGGACAUUUACUUCAAGUAGAAUAUGCUCAAGAAGCUGUGAAAAAAGGAUCAACAGCGGUUGGAGUACGAGGAAAUGAUGUUGUUGUCCUGGGUGUGGAAAAAAAAUCUGUUGCUAAGUUGCAAGAAGAACGUACUGUUCGUAAAAUAUGUCUUUUGGAUGAUCACGUUGUUAUGGCAUUUGCAGGAUUAACUGCGGAUGCCAGAGUAUUAAUUAAUCGUGCACAAAUAGAAUGCCAAAGUCACAGACUAACUGUCGAAGAUCCUGUUACAUUAGAAUACAUUACUAGGUAUAUUGCAGGUUUAAAACAGAAAUAUACACAGAGUAACGGUAGAAGACCUUUUGGUAUAUCAUGUCUUUUAGCUGGUUUUGAUUAUGAUGGUGAACCACAUUUAUAUCAAACAGAACCGUCUGGAAUAUAUUAUGAGUGGAAGGCAAAUGCCACAGGCAGAAGCGCAAAGACAGUGCAUGAAUUUCUAGAAAAAUAUUAUACACCAGAAGAAGUAUCAACAGAGAAAGGUUCUAUCAAAUUAGCUAUAAGAGCUUUAUUGGAAGUAGUGCAAUCUGGACAAAAGAAUUUAGAAAUAGCAGUCAUGCGACGUGGGAAACCUAUGGAGAUGUUAGACAUUAACACCAUAGGGCAGUAUGUGACAGAGAUUGAAAAAGAAAAAGAAGCAGAGGCAGAAAAGAAAAAGCAAAAAAAGUGAUG